AGCUUAGCUUCCCCGGGAGGCUGAACUUUGAUUUGGUCUUUGUUUGCGCCGUUAAAUUAAAUAUCCUUGCCCAGCCGCUCGGCCUCUGUGCUCAUCCUGGCUGCCCAGGGACAAUGCCAGCAAUUCCAGUCAUUUCCUUAAUAGAAAUCUUAUCUUUUGUGACGCCUUCGCCGUGUGCCUAAGCCGGAUAUCGCACCUUUGACAUCUGCCCUUGGCUCCUGACAAAGCAGCUCCAUGCUGAGCACUCAUAGAACUCUAACUUCCGGUCCGGCUUUUUGGGUGAAAAUCAUUUGAAAAAAUUGGGUGUUUAUUUAUACCAACACUAGCAGACGAAACCAUGAGCUCUUGCUGUGCAACUCAGACGACGUGUUGUGCGUGUCCGCCAGGUCUUAGAUUGGAGAAGACGCCGCAGGCUCCACUCUUCGACAUGCUGGGUCCGCAUCCAGAUGAGGUCAUCAUGACGAUCCUGGACCGCAUCCUCUAUCUAUCGGGCGCCACAAAAAUUAUUCCAAUGCUGGAGUUGGCGAAACAAGGAUCCGCUCUUAAGAAGGAAUCUUGCCCCCCAUCAGCACCUUGUACACCAAUACAUUGCACUUCCGCAAGCAGUUCUUCGGCUUGGAAUACCUGCUACUCCACGCCGUCGACCAUCUGUUGUCCUAAGGCAACGCGAUGCUGCUGCUGUCCAAAAGUUCCUCCAGUGCCCUGCUGUUCUAAGGCUACUUCAAAAUCGUCCUGCAUCAAGACCACUAGUCGGCUAAGUGCUGCCGCCUGUUGUCCUCGGCAGCGUACGCCCAGGGUGGAUUUCGAUCACCCGGCGGAGAAUAUUCCGUUGAGAAAGAGCGCGGGCAGUGCCACGAUAAGGGAUCGGAUGAUUCGAUCCAUUUCCACCUGUUCGCUUGCCUGCCAGCAGCUGAAAGACAAGCUUACAUCCCAGGAAUCUCAAGGACGCAAGGACCAAAAGUGGUUGUGGACCCGGUUGAUUCGUGGCGACAAUGGCUGCAUGGUUUACGAGGUGUACAAAGACUCCGAUGCAGGCAACUCUCCCUCCGAGAUCAAAUCGGAGGCACCCAUCAUCCUUUUUCUAGUCAUGCCGAAUGGUUACAUCAUGCCUUUUGAGUCUCUUGGCGGUCCUUAGGGAGAAAAGAAUUACACAAAUUGUAUGCUUUUUAUAUACUUUUAGCAUGUGGUCAGUUAAAAAUAAACCUUCACCUGUACUUUUAA